AUGACUCUCAGCCCUCAACAAAUUUCUAUCCACCCCAUUUCGGUCCCUUCGUCUGAUGUAGAUUUUGGCGCAGUCAUUGAAAAUGUUGAUCUCGAAAACUUGACAGACAACGACUUCUCCAUCAUCCGCGACACACUCUAUAAAACCCACGUAGUCGUCCUCAAGAACCAAGCUUCUAGCUCACCCAAAGCCCAAUACGAACUAACCCACCGCUUCGACUCCUCCGCCAUCGGAUACGGUCACGGCAAGACCCUCGACGCCAAACGCAGCAUCCUGCACCCGGAUCUUAAAACUGUACCACACCAACCCGAGGUGCAAAUCAUUGGCAACGGCCUCGUGCCCGAGUAUGAAGGUCUGUCCAACAUCAAGCUCGUUCACCCUCACCACAAGAAGUUUCAUAAGCACCCUAUCCCCGAAGAGGAUGAUCUUACGCACACGCGCUUCUACCGCUGGCACAUCGAUGCUGCGCUUUAUGAUCUCAAUCCGCCAAAGGUGACAUCGCUGCUGGCGGUAUCGGUGCCAAAAGGGAGACGGCAGACGUUGCGCUAUGAUGACGGGACGGGCGAUGAGUUGGAUGUUCCGCUAGGUACCACGGCAUUCGUGAGCGGAUACAAGAUGUACGACAUCCUGUCCGACGCGGACAAAGAGUUCGUGCGAACCAGCCGCAUCGAGUACGCCGCGCAUCCGUACAUCUGGAUGAGUGCAGCCAAAUCGCGCUCUGACGGGCUCGGCCUAGUCUCCGAUAACCUCGAGCUUCCCUCCUCAGAACUUCCGCUUAUCGAUCCUUCAAAAGUGCAAAUUCUACCCAUGGUCUGGAAGAAUCCGGUCACUGGCCAAUUUGCCCUUCAAAUGCACCCUUCCGCUGUGCGCAAGAUACACCUGGCCACCGGCGAGGUCAUCGAAGAUCUGAAGAGGGUGCGAGAGAUUGUUCAUAAGCUGCAGAGGCCGGGAAUCAGCCCGAACUUGGUGUAUGCGCAUGACUGGGAGGAGGGCGAUAUGGUGCUGUUCAACAACCAGGGGGUGUUGCAUUCUGUUGUUGGAGCUUUCCGGGAGGACGAGGUUAGACUCUUCAGGCAGUGUAACAUGGCUGCGAGCGAGGGGCCGGUGGGUGCUUAG